GCCGCGCAGCCCACAGCGCCCGCCCGCGGGCCGCCCCGAGCUAGUCCAGCCCCGCUCCGCUCCUCGCCCAUCUCCCGCGCUCUGCCCGCCGCCCACCGCGCCGGCCUCCGCUCUGCGCCCGGGUCAUCGAUCAGCAAAGCUCAGAAGACAGAGACAAGUCCUUCCACAAUGUCCUACAGACGAGAGCUAGAGAAGUACCGUGACCUGGAUGAAGAUGAAAUCCUGGGUGCCCUCACAGAAGAAGAGCUCAGGACUCUGGAAAAUGAGCUGGAUGAGUUGGACCCUGAUAAUGCACUGCUGCCUGCAGGCCUGAGGCAGAAGGAUCAGACCACCAAGGCGCCCACAGGCCCCUUUAAAAGGGAGGAGCUCUUGGAUCACUUGGAAAAGCAAGCAAAGGAGUUUAAGGACCGAGAAGACCUGGUUCCCUACACAGGGGAGAAACGAGGAAAGAUCUGGGUCCCUAAGCAGAAGCCAAUGGAUCCUGUGCUAGAAACGGUCACGCUAGAGCCAGAGCUGGAGGAGGCCUUGGCAAAUGCCUCCGAUGCAGAACUCUGUGACAUUGCAGCUAUUCUGGGCAUGCACACACUCAUGAGCAACCAGCAGUACUACCAGGCGUUGGGCAGCAGCUCCAUCGUGAACAAGGAAGGACUCAACAGUGUGAUUAAACCUACACAGUAUAAGCCUGUGCCUGAUGAGAAACCAAAUUCAACAGAUGUAGAGGAAACACUGGAGCGGAUAAAGAACAAUGAUCCAGAUCUUGAAGAAGUUAACCUCAAUAAUAUCCGGAAUAUCCCCAUCCCCACCCUUAAGGCAUAUGCAGAAGCCCUGAAAGAAAAUUCGUAUGUGAAGAAAUUCAGCAUCGUUGGCACCCGGAGCAAUGACCCUGUGGCAUUUGCCCUUGCUGAAAUGCUCAAAGUGAACAAGGUGUUGAAGACACUGAAUGUGGAAUCCAACUUCAUUUCCGGCGCUGGGAUCCUGCGCCUGGUGGAAGCCCUUCCACACAACACAUCUCUGGUGGAACUGAAAAUUGAUAACCAGAGCCAGCCCCUGGGCAACAAAGUAGAGAUGGAGAUCGUGAGCAUGCUGGAGAAAAACACAACGCUUCUCAAAUUUGGCUACCACUUUACCCAGCAGGGCCCCCGACUGCGAGCAUCCAAUGCCAUGAUGAGCAACAACGACCUUGUGAGGAAGAGGAGGCUUGCUGACUUGACGGGGCCCAUCAUUCCCAAAUGCCGCAGCGGUGUCUAGGGUGUGGAGGCAAAAACCACACCUUUGAACUGGACAUGUUUUACUGACAAUCUGCGCUCUGCAGUGGAGACCAGAAGGCAAAAUGCUGGCACAAAUCUUUUGUGGUUCAGUUCUUAUGCACUAAGGUUUUAGGUUAAAUAGUGGUUGUAGUUGAAAAUUUUAUAAAAUAUGGGUAAUGUGAAGUUUUUCUUUAGUCACAAAGUCCAGUAUGGUUAUUAUUUAAAAACAAGCCCUCAAGCUGGCAGAUCUUCCUGCAGAUGAUGUGAUAGUGGCAGUGACUUAACCCCAGAGCCAACUGGUGGCCUUGCUGUGUAGUGUUUCAAGUAAUUUAUAACACAACAUGGUGCAAAUAAACAGCACACUCUUUGACUAAUUUUGGAAGUAUUACAAAACACUUUAUUACACAUUUGAUCUUAUUUAGCAAAAAAGAACAAGUAAUCACUCUUUACUUACCCUUCUUCAAAUUUUAAGAACUUCAAGAUUAAAGUUGCCAAAUUGGUUAAUGGAUCAAAAUGCAAUUUUACCCCCAAGAAAGACAAACAGACUGACGUCACAGACUCUGCCAGAAAUAAUAAUUUAAAAAAAGAUUGCUUUUACUGCAUAUGGGAAAAAUGGUAGAAAAAAGCAACAAUAAAAUUUCAAGAUUCAAAAAUCACCCUAGACAAUGUAUUUCUCCAUGUUCUUUAUGAACAUCUGUGAGGUACUUACAAGUGAACACUGGAGUCAGAAUAGUUCCCUUAAACCUAGGGCCAAAUUCUUGCUGCUCAGUGGGGACAUGGCUCCAGUGAGGCCACACUGCCAGGGCAUUUCCAGUCCACUGUGGCUACGGUAUUUGGCAUGGCUAAGCAUAUAGACUUCAACAACCUGUCUCAUCACUUACUAAACAAGUCAAUGCUGAUCUUAGGCCCACAAAGGAAGUGCCAGAAAGAUAGUAAUGGAGAAAAUCUAGGCAUUAAAAAAUUAGGAAAUCCAGGUGAAAUUACCUGAAGAUUAUUUUUAAAAUGUAAUUUUGGUAUUCCUACUGGAUCCCUUUUUCCCACCAUACACAUCAUUUGGGAGUCAGCAAAAGUGUUAAGCCACAUUGCCCUUGUGCCUUUUAAUACACCACUGUGCCAGUUUAACUAUUAAUACUUUUGUUUGUUGCUCUGGGGAGUUAGUUCCAUUAGGGAUCCAGCAGAUCGUAUGAUAACAGACAAGGCCAAAGAGUGGAUGAGCACAGAUUCUGAGGCUUCUGAUAAAAAAGGCAGUCUUGCACGCUGAACUCGAAUGAUGUAGACAGUACAGGGUAACUACAGCUGGAGCCCGGGGCCUUACCGCUACGAAGAAUGUCUACUAAGGCUGCAAAUAGGCCCAGAAGUGGCACUACACUGUAGGGUGGCCAUUCCCACUUGGCUUCUCCUUGAAACACAAUUGCAGCUGCAUUCUGCAUCACUGGAAACUGCGAUAUAACAUUAAAUCUGUUGGACUGUGUGGCUGUGUA